ACGUAAACAAGGGAUGAAAAUGUGUACACUUUUUAGUCAGUGAAUUGUAUGGAGUUCCACUGCUGUGCUUGUGGUUUCAUUAUGACGUAAAAAUAUGUUUUCAUUGAUAAAUUUGACUGCAACAUGAAUACCAGUACAUCUAAGUUAAAGGUUUAUCGUUAUUGUUACAUUUCACAUCGGUGUUUAUCAUUAAGUGCGCCAUACUUCGGCUCUGAAAAGCGUCGAGUUGUAGUGACUGGUGUUGGUGUUGUUUCGCCGGUCGGUUGCAAUGUUUCGGCUGCUUGGAGCAACAUUUUAUCGGGAAAGUCCGGGAUCGGUCAGUUAACGAAUGCUGCAUACGAAAAACUUCCCUGCAGAGUGGCUGCCUACAUCGAUCGAAAUGAUCUCGAUAUAGAGAAGUGUUUCAGCCAAAGUGAGUUGAAAACUAUGGCUCGAGCAACGGCGUUGGCUUUAAUUGCUGCAAAAGAAGCGAUACAGGAAGCGGAUUGGAAUCCAGCGGCUGAUGACACACAGGCGCAUGAGCGCACUGGGGUUGCCAUUGGGAUGGGGAUGGUAGAUCUCAUGGAUGUUUGUGAUACUAAUGAAGCCCUGAAGAAAGGUUACAACAGAGUUAGUCCUUUUUUUGUUCCCAGAAUUCUACCAAAUAUGCCUGCUGGCCAGUUGAGCAUAAAGUACGGUUUUCGAGGACCAAAUCAUUCGGUGUCAACCGCUUGCGCGACAGGUGCGCACUCGAUUGGUGAUGCGUUCCGAUUUAUCCAGCACGGAGAUGCGGACGUGAUGAUCGCUGGAGGUUCCGAAGCUUGUAUAAGUCCGCUUGCGAUUGCAGGAUUUUGUAGGCUACGUGCAUUGAGUACAUCUUUCAACGACAAUCCACAGAAAUCAUCAAGACCAUUCGAUGACAAGCGAGAUGGCUUCGUUAUGGGAGAAGGUUCAGCUGUCUUGGUAUUAGAGGAACUUCAGCAUGCUCAAUCUAGGAACGCUCCCAUUUUAGCAGAAGUCUUGGGAUAUGGUCUUUCGGGUGAUGCAUCCCACUUGACAGCACCACGAGAAGAUGGAACGGGAGCCAUUCUUGCCAUGCGUAGAGCUCUAAAUGAUGCGAAUCUUUUACCAAAGGAUAUUGGUUACAUUAAUGCACAUGCUACCUCAACGCCAAUUGGGGAUGCCAUCGAAGCUCGAUCAAUUCGAAGUCUAUUUAGUGAUAGUUGGCGGGACAUGGCGUUCUCGUCGACGAAAGGAGCACAUGGUCACUUGUUAGGAGCGGCUGGUAACUUGGAAACGCUUUUUACAAUACUAGCAUGUCUCGAAGGGAAACUGCCGCCAACUAUCAAUCUGGAGAAUGUUCCUAGUGAUAUGCGAGGAAUGAAUUUGGUUCCGAACACAUCUCAGGAGUGGCAACCAAAUGGUAACAGAAGAAGAGUAGCUUUGAAGAAUUCCUUCGGUUUUGGCGGUACAAAUGCUUGUCUUUGUAUCGCGGAAUACAGAGAAUGAAAUAAAUAGGGUAAAUUUGUGCUAUCGAUGUCACAAAAUGAGAAUUGUGCAAAUGAUACAUUACAGUUUAA